AUGCCAGAAACUUCCUUAAUAAACAUUACCGAGAAAAUUAGACUAGGUUGUUUUUACACUACUCAAAAUAUAUUUAGUUACCCCCAAUUUCAAGGGUGGUUUACCGAUGCUUUAAAAGCCAGCAAUAACCUAGUUCUUGAACCUUUUGCAGGUUCGAAUAACUUAAUAAAAAUGCUCCAAGAAGAAGGCUAUAAUUUUGAAUUUGCUGCUUACGACAUCAACCCUAGUUCUCUUGAAGUAAAAAUUAGAGAUACCAUUCAAGAUUUUCCCCAAGGUUAUAAACUAAUUAUCACUAAUCCCCCUUAUUUAGCGAAAAACUCUGCUCGCCGGAAAAAAAUCGACUUCCCUACUACUAAACAUGAUGACUUAUAUAAACUUUGUCUAGAAAUAAUGCUAAAAAAUUGCGAUUAUGUGGGAGCAAUCAUUCCCGCUUCUUUCAUUAAUGCUGAUUUAUUUCUCGAAAGAUUACACUCCUAUACCCUAUUAAGUAGUCAAAUGUUUACUGAUACUGAAAACCCAGUUUGCUUAGUUUUAUUUUGCCCUGCGGGAAGUAAUAAAUUACUUUCUCCCCAAAAAUCUAGUUCAAUUUACCUCUACGAAAACGAUAAAUAUGUCGGCGAACUAUAUUCCUUAAAAAAGCAAGUAGAACAAGUUUUAACUAACCAAACUUCCCAACCAAUUGCAAUAAGUUUUAAUAACAAAAGGGGGAAUUUAGGUUUAAGAGCCAUUGAUGGAACUCGUUUUCCGACUAUUGCCUUUAUUGAAGCUAGUCAAGUGCCAGAAAACAGAAUAAAAGUUAGUUCUCGUCAUUUAACUAGAAUUCACACUCCAAAAAAAAUUAAUUUAAGUUUACUAAAUGAAAAACUAAAAGAAUUACGAGAAAUAACCAAUGAUUUUUUCUUAACUCCUUUUCGUGGUUUAAGAAAAGAUGACUGGGAAAAAGCCAUUAAAGAACAAAUUAAAGAAAACUUGCUCGAUUGUGAAAAGAAUUUAGAUAGCAAAGAAUAUCGCACUAAAAUUAAAGAUUCAUUUCCUUUUGUUUCUGAUUUUCAACAACUAAGUAGCGGUGGUAAAAAUGCUUGCUAUCUUGACCGCGGAAAUAAGAAAGGAGAAGUUUUUCAUUUCUAUGCUUUCCAUAAGUAUAUUGAGGAAAGUGGUGGAGCCCAAGAUAAUCAGUUUAACGAAAUUAAAAAAUGUAUCGAAGUUGGUAGGAAUGGUAGUCAAGAAACAAGUAGGAGAGUUAUCUUUGUCUGUGAUGGAGCUUAUUUCACCGAUGAGAAAAUAAGAGGAUUAAAGAAUUUAAAAGUUAGUUGGAAUUUUAUUGUUUUAAAGAGCAAUGAAUUAGAAAAGUAUCUUAAAAAAUUUUAG